AUGGACAACAGCGUACACAACAACAGCAAUACUACCCAUCCAGACAAGAGCAGAGCUUCCAUUGUCAACGGCGUCAGGGAGGAACGCGUGUCACUCAGCACAGAGCCUCCAGCUGGCGUUAAAGGGGGUGACAAUGGACCGAUCACAGUCGGAGAUUACAACAAGCUGGAGAGCAGGUUACAGGGUGCCGGGAUGGAGGACUCCGUGGAUGAACUCCAACACAUUACCGACGAUGUCAUGCCACUAAGCCUGCUAUUAAGCAGGCUCGCACAAUUCUCCCAUCUGAAACUCCAGGAGCUCAUCCUUGACUUGGCGUCGAAACCACUCCCAGAGAACACGCUGAACGGCAAUGCCAAGGGAUCGAUGAACAGCAGCAUAAAUGGUAAUGUUAACGCUGGCGUCAAUGGCGUCCCCAAGCUCCCCAGUCCAGCGCUCGAAGACACAUCGCCCGAGAGCUUGAACAAGAAAACUAUGAUUCUCAAGUUCAUUCAGGACCUGCACUCAAGAUGGGUCAAGGCGUUAGUUAUCACGGAAUGGGCCAGGAACGCCGACGAAGUCGGCAAGCUCAUCGACCUGAGGACACAUCUUGCGGCGAAGCUGGAGUUGUACAACAGGGCCUUUUGGAAUAUGGUCAACCUCAAGCAUGAGAUGGCCUUCGCCAAGGUUCCUAGUCCGGAUUUGAAGACGGCCCUGGAGGUACUUAGCACAGGAGCCGUUCAUUGGAUGCCAGACUUUGGCUACCUACCCAAGCCACCCCUGACGACGCAAGAAACCUUGCAUUGGCUUAAUGAAAUCGAGGUGGUUCUUCACAUGAGAUUACAGCUGCACGAGUACGAACAGAUCCCGGAGCCAUGGAAGGAAUACAAAAUCGACAACGGACGGGUUACCUUUACGGUGCCUGGCGAAUUCGAGGUAGAUCUCACGAUAUCCGACGAAGACUUUGACAAGCAGUUCUGGUUUUUGGAUUACCGAACCAUCUUCAGCCCGUCACCGUCCAAACUCUCGGACGGUGCCCGGGGGUUCAUCGAGGCCCGUGUCAACACGAUUCUCGAAACCGAAGGGUUGCUAGGGUGCUACAAGUAUCUCCACGAAUUGACCCUGACUACGAAGAUUGGGGAAUUUGCCCGACAGGCUGUUGAGCUCAGCCGCACCGGGUUGUGGACUCAGACGCUAAGAGUUGAGAGGUUGAACAGGGCUCUGGGGAUCCAGUACUGGUCCCAGAGUUUACAUACCCAAGAUUCUCAGAGCUGGAUUCUCCUCGGGGUGCAUAGCGGCAAGUCCUCGGAUGGAGCCGACGACCCGAGCUCCCCAAGCAGACUCAUGCUCCAGUGGUUCCGGGAUGGGAAGGAAGUCAAGGAUGCUGACAUUCCGCUGGACACCGACACCAUCUCUACCGAGAAACUGUUGAUGACCGUCAUUUCUAGACACAUCAAGUACCUCCUCUCGUCAAUUUACAACUCCCUCAGCAGCAAACCUCGAUAUGCGCAGAAACGGGGCAGGUUGUCAUUACGAAUCUCGGACCCCCCGCAUCUAGAUUGUGCUCUGACGAUGCAGACUCUCGGCGCCGACCACGCCGUUCUCGGUAUCGGUCCGUGGUCGGGCAAUUUCUUCUUCGCCGACCGGCCUCCCUUUGGAGUUGGCUGGGCGAACAAAAUCAACACAUUACGAAAUCCUGUGACGGAGGCCCCAGUUGUCCUGGAGCAGCUCAGAUGGUAUCAUAUGACGCUUCACCUGAGGACACUGCCGAAGCCUGCCGACUGGAAGGUCCUCCCGAAGGCCCCGGUCCCGCUCGACGAGGUGAAGCGCGUUGUGUACUCGCGUGCUUCGACCACCCGAGAACCAUUCCACGCCAUAUUCUUGAGAAACUCUCGUUGGACUCCGCAGUGGUUCGCCAUGAUGAGUUUGAGCCUCGGUGGCGAUCGCUGGUGGACGGCCGAGGGCCACGGAAUACCGGGCCUACGCAUCAACAUCUUCACCGAACUUUCUAUCACACCUACCGACCUAUUGCUUCCAUCAAGUCCUUUGUUUUCGAAACUCACCCAGCACGCAACGAACAUCAUGGAUCAGAUUCAUGAUUUCCGCGUCCUCCAUCAACAACACAUACAAUAUACCGCCAGAAAAGCCAGUCCCGAUGGUCAUAGAACGACAGUCGUGCUCUCGGCGGACAUGUUACCGCUUCAGCCGGACCCCGACGGCACCACACAACCGACGUGGGCUGGUAGAUUUAUCCAGCUCGACUACAAAGGACCAGCCCCUAUUACGCCCUCAGAGUACCGCGAGUCUCUCGCCGAUCCGAAAUCGGUUCGAAGGCAACCGACACGGCAAAAGGUCAUGAUCGAGGCAACCGUCGGCGUCCUUCACCCUACCAAAUUUCGUCUCCUCCGGCAUAGGCUCGAUCGUGAUGUGCUAUACGACCGUCGGCUUGGCCACUUUACUUUGCGCUUCCAGCCAGCAUCGGGCGCCGGAAUCAUUCCGCUGCUCCGGAGCCGUGUGCAGUCACUCGACCGCUUGGUAGACAUUGUCGACGCUCUCCACUUGAGAGGCAAACAAAUAUCUCCCAAGAAAAUCACGCUCCGCGAGAUAGUGUUCUCGUAUGGCAAUGGAUCCCCAACAAUGUCGCUCUCCAACCCCCGCCCGAAAUUUGGUGGCAACAAACAGCGAUCGUGGGAAGUGCGCCUUAAUCUCGCCGCGGAGCAAGGCGUGGACGUGAUUCUCGAAGCUGGCAACCCACACUUGCGCGCUAUUGACUACUUACGCUCCGCGGCAAACUCGGUCCAUCUCAAAAAGUUGCCGGCGUGGUUUGUAUUCACACUCCCACUAUACGAGGCACUAGAGCAGUUGCACGACUCGUGGGACGCGAUUCUUGCGAAAGACCUAGGGACGUGCUACGUCUUCCACAAGUCGCUGGACUGGUUAACGAUCCGCUUCGCACUCUCCGGCGCUAAGAACCGCCUGGUGCAACUGGACAUCCGGCCGCGUGACAGGAACGGGCAUAUCAACUGGCAUAUUUCCCGCGCGAAAACGGACCCGAACAUCAACAACGAAAACGACGAGUUCAACAAGAUCCUGAAGCAACGCGUCUGGUCGAUCAGCGGCAACGGGUUCAAGGGACUUGGGAACAGCGCCACGGCACAAUGGGACCAUGGCAUCGGUCCUCUCCUAGCAGUCAUCAACGAAGCUCUACAGUCCCUUGCCGGCACACCCCCACCCCCGCAAGUUCCCACACAAAUACAACAGCCACAGCAACCGUCCCCGCACCCCCAACAAGCCCAGGUUCAAGAGCAGCGCCAGCAGCCGCAACAGCAGCAGCAGGCGAAUCCGCUCCAGGGUGCCGCGGUGCCCGGCCGAUUCCCCCACCAGCUGCAGCAGGGCCAACAAUUAUCGUACCAACAACAAGCGCGUCUGCAGCAACAACAACGGCAGCAGCAGCAGCAGCAGCAGCAGCAGCAGCACAUGCAUAACCAGAACCAGGCUCAACAGGCCCAGCAACGUGCCGCCAUGAACGAUAUUAACACGCCCGUGGUGGUGCUCGACUAG